UUAUCAUUGUCAUUGAAAUUCACAGUGAAAUUAUCGAAUCACUCAUUUUAGUAUAAAAUAGUUAUCUUUCUACAAUUAGGGUAAUAGUUCAUUUCAACCAAUUUGUUGUUGAGUCAGCACUGCUUAUCACUUCGACAUUUUUAGGUUAAGUCAAAACAUGACCAUGUCACAAAUACUAUAAAAAAUGUCAGUUUUUUCCAAAGUACGAAACUUCUUCAGCCGCCACCGCAACAAAUUCAUCGUUGGCGGCAUAAUAAUCGGUGGUUCGAUCUUCCUAACGCGCUACGCGCAGCAGAAACUGAAGGAAUGGCAAGAGAAAGAAACUCUGGAGUUUCUAGAACGGAACAGAAAACACCAACACUUUGAAAGUAUUGGCAGAACGUGCAACCAAACCAUACUAAACUUAUCAAUAGCGUUGAACGAGACUAUCAAUAAACGGAUAAACACAGAAGAAGUGAUUGAGCGCCUCAAGAGUAAUCCUGAAAACAAAUUGGGUCUGUGGAAUGAACUGAAAAUAUUAGUGUUCAGUAAAGCCGCAUGUACCAUUUAUGCCAACGUGAUGUUAGUGGUGACACUGAAGAUACAGUUGAGCAUAAUCGGGGGCUACUUAUACAAAGACCCAAAUUCGCUUUCAUCGGAUAUGCAAGAGAGGUAUUUGUCGUAUUGCCAGAACUUAAUGGACGCGGGUUUUAAUAAAUUGAACGACCUUGUAGACAGAACUUGUAGGAAAGUGCUGAACUCUGUAAAUCUGACAAAACAGUUAAAAUUGAGCGACUUGGAGGCCAUAUUUUGGUCAAUUCAGACUGCAGUGGCCACUGAUAAUGACAAUCCUGUGGAAAACUUGAGACACUAUAUUUUACCAGACGUUGAUGUUCCCAAUUCAGAAGGAAUUUAUGAACGAGUGGUGAAAGACACGUCAGACUUACUUGAAAGUGAUGAAGUUAAGUCUUUGGUGACACACUGUACAACUAGAGGGUUCAUGGUUUUAGCUGAACAACUAUCUGAAUAUUAUAACACCAACGGGAUCACGGAAAAUGGAAAAGUUUCAGAAACGGGUGAAUUUAUUAACCCUUUUAAUAUGAAAAAACCCAUGGCGAAAGUUUUGCCAAUAAUAAAUGGACUGUUUUCAAAUAAAACGUUGCCAGAUCAAUUUCUGCAACAACUAAUUGUCUAUGAGAAACUACAAGUCCUAAGUGCAAAUGUUUAUGAGUCUUUUUUGUUGUGAAAAAUAUUUUGUAUUGUGUACUGUAGAUGGUAGUUGUUCAUGUGAUGAGGGACUGUACUUUAUCAAACUUGUUAUCAGUUUUUCCAUUUUACUGAAAAUAUAUUUAUUUAAAAUA